GAUCUCCCCGAGCUCCCUUGGCCCGGUUCCUCCUCCCCUUCGCCAGCAGCUGCGCUUCACCCGGGACUGGACCGAGUUAGAGUUGAGGCGCCGGCGGAGUAGCGCAGAGUGCGUGCGUCCCCCGCGGGGGGGUUCGUGCCCGCAGGCAGAGGGGAGCCGGGCUCCAGCCCAGUUUGGUGCAGCCUUGGCAGCGACCAACAAGGAGAGGGAGCUCCAUUAAGUUAAGCCUUGAACAGAGCAAUGGGAUCGUAAUUGAUUUCAGUGCGAAGACUUUUAAUAGACCACAGUACUUUUGUGAAAGGCAGCAAGUUGAUACAAGAGCAGUUUCCCCACAGCAAAGAAAAUAAAAGUGCUUGGAGCAACUUAUUAAGGUAAACAGAUUGCGGUGGAUUUCUGGAUGGCAGAUCUGGAAUGGACACGAGUCCUCUGGGAGGAUUAGACUUGUCUGAAAAUAAUACUCCUAGUCUGCUAGGGAAUACCACCAUGGCAGCAGGUCUUGCAAAUGUAGGAAAUACAUUUGGAGGGCCACCAAGUUCUUUAGUUUCUAGACCUAACAAAUUCCAAAACUCGCCUAUAGAAGAUGAUGAUGAUGUAGUUUUUAUCGAACCUAUACAACCUCCACAAAAUUCUACGUCGCUGGUAGCAGACCAAAGGAACGCUGCAUUUACAUCAUCUAAAAAUGAAGAACUUAAAGGAAAUGAUUGCAAAAUGCUUCCUUCUCCAAAGGACUUAAAUUCUCGAAAGGGGAGUAUAAGUGAAACUAUUAUUAUUGAUGAUGAAGAAGACAUUGAAACAAAUCAAGGACAGGAGAAGAAUGCUUCCAGUUUUAAUGAACGAAGACUUCCAGAGUGUAAAAAUAGAACCAACGAAAUGGAAUUCUCACCUUCCAGUUUUUCAAGAAGUAAGGUAAAUUCAGGGAUAGGUAAUAGUGGUAUAACCACAGAACCAGACUCAGAAAUUCAGAUUGCUAAUGUUACUACAUUAGAAAGAGGUGCUAUGAGAUCUGUCAGUGUCGGUCAUUUAGAAAAUGAUGGUGACGGGCGUGACAUGAACCUAAUGAUUACACAUGUAACGUCACUGCACAAUGCCAGCUUGGGAGAUGUAUCUAACGGACUGCAGUCAGAUAAUUUUGGUGUUAAUUUGCAAACAUACACCCCAUCUUUGACUUCACAGACCAAGACUGGUGUAGGACCUUUCAAUCCUGGUAGAAUGAACGUGGCUGGAGAUGUAUUUCAAAAUGGAGAAUCUGUGACUCAUCAUAAUCCUGAUUCUUGGAUAUCCCAGUCAGCUUCCUUUCCUAGGAAUCAGAAGCAACCAGGUGUGGAUUCCUUGUCACCUGUAGCAUCCCUUCCUAAGCAAAUUUUCCAGCCUUCUCCCCAGCAACAGCCCUCUAAGCAGGUUAAAGUCACAUGUGCGAACUGCAAAAAGCCUUUACAAAAGGGACAGACUGCGUAUCAGCGGAAAGGAUCAGCUCACCUUUUCUGCUCCACUACCUGCCUAUCAUCAUUUUCACACAAACCCACUCCAAAGAAACUUUGUGUCAUGUGCAGAAAAGAUAUAACAACAAUGAAAGGUACCAUUGUUGCUCAAGUAGAUUCAAGUGAGUCUUUCCAGGAGUUUUGCAGUACAUCAUGUUUAUCCUUCUAUGAAGAUAAACAGAAUCCCUCAAAAGGAGCCUUGAAUAAAUCAAGAUGCACAAUCUGUGGUAAACUAACUGAGAUUCGUCAUGAAGUUAGCUUUAAAAAUAUGACUCAUAAGCUGUGCAGUGACCACUGCUUCAAUAGAUACAGGAUGGCAAAUGGUUUAAUAAUGAAUUGCUGUGAGCAUUGUGGGGAGUACUUGCCCAGUAAAGGAGCUGGAAACAAUGUCCUUACUAUUGAUGGUCAGCAGAAAAGGUUCUGCUGUCAGAACUGCGUUGGUGAAUACAAGCAGAAAUGUGGCCAAUUAACAUCUUGUACUGGCUGCAGAGCUCAGUGCAGGUUUUUUGACAUGACUCAGUGCAUAGGACCUAAUGGAUAUAUGGAGCCAUACUGCUCAACUGUAUGCAUGAACACACACAAAUCAAAAUAUGCAAAAUCACAAAGUAUGGAAAUUAUUUGCCACUUUUGUAAGCGAAACGCUUUACCUCAAUAUCAAGCCACAAUGCCUGAUGGAAAACUGUACAACUUUUGCAGUUCCAGUUGUGUAGCUAAAUUUCAGACGCUCAGUGUUCAGUCUUCAACAAAUGGUCAGUUCGUCUCUCCCAGUGAUAUUCAGUUGAAAUGUAAUUAUUGCAAAAGUUCUUUCUGUUCAAAGCCAGAAGUACUGGAAUGGGAGAACAAAGUGUAUCAGUUCUGCAGCAGAGCAUGUUCUGAUGAUUAUAAGAAACUGCACUGCAUAGUUACAUACUGUGAAUACUGUCAGGAAGAGAAAACGCUCCAUGAAACAGUGAAUUUCUCUGGUAUCAAAAGACCUUUUUGCAGUGAAGGCUGCAAGCUGCUAUAUAAACAAGACUUUGCAAGACGGUUAGGACUGAGAUGUGUUACUUGUAAUUACUGCUCACAGCUGUGCAAAAAGGGAGCAACUAAGGAACUUGAUGGUGUAGUGAGAGAUUUCUGCAGUGAAGAGUGCUGUAAAAAAUUUCAGGACUGGUACUACAAGGCUGUCCGGUGUGACUGUUGUAAGUCUCAAGGAGCCCUCAAAGAGAAGGUGCAGUGGCGCGGCGAGAUGAAGCAUUUCUGCGAUCAGCACUGCUUGCUCCGCUUCUACUGUCAGCAGAACGAGCCCAAUCUGGCCACCCAGAAAGGACCUGAGAACCUGCACUAUGAUCAGGGCUGUCAAACUCCCCGGACAAAAAUGACGGGCUCAGCUCCACCCCCUUCUCCAACACCUAACAGAGAAAUGAAGAACAAGGCAGUUCUUUGCAAGCCUUUGACAAUGACAAAAGCCACGUACUGUAAACCUCAUAUGCAGGCAAAAUCUUGUCAGACAGAAGAUGAGUGGAAAAAAGAGUACGUCCCAGUGCCUAUUCCUGUACCCGUCUAUGUUCCGGUGCCUAUGAACAUGUACAGUCAAAAUGUUCCUAUUCCUACCACAGUUCCUGUUCCUGUGCCAGUUCCAGUCUUUUUGCCCACUACUCUGGAUAGCACUGAGAAAAUCCUUGCAGCAAUAGAAGAGCUGAGGGGAAAAGUGCCCUCUGAUCCUCUGGAAGCUGAGCUACUGAACUUGUCAGGGGUGGUACCUGAACAUGUUGGAAAAGCUGAAGCUUCUGAUGUGGCCAGUGUGAUAGUUGACUCCAAUCUCCUAAACUCAGAGUCACGGACAAGCUUGCCUGAUGUUCCAUAUGAGCCAGACCUCGAUAUUGAAAUAGACUUUCCAAGAGCAACUGAGGAGCUGGAUACAGAAAAUGAGUUUUUAUUACCUCCUGUGUUUGGUGAAGAAUAUGAGGAGCAGCCAAGGCCUCGGUCCAAAAAGAAGGGCGUGAAGAGGAAAGCCGUGUCGGAGUACCAGGCGCACGAUGACAGCUCCGAGAACUCCGAGUGCAGCUUUCCGUUCAAAUACGCCUACGGGGUAAACGCCUGGAAGCACUGGGUCAGAUCCCGCUGCUUAGACCAAGAGCUUCCAGAGUUAGAGGAGCUGAAAUCAAUAAAGUCUGUGAAAUUAAAGGAAGAUCUAUUAUCACAUACUUCAGCUGAGUUAAACUAUGGGUUGACACAUUUUGUCAAUGAAAUUCGAAGGCCUAAUGGAGAGAACUAUGCACCUGACAGCAUCUAUUAUCUGUGUCUUGGAAUUCAGGAGUUUUUAUAUCGGAGUAAUCGGAAAGACAACAUAUUUAUUGAUCCAAUCUACCAGACGUUUGAACAGGAAUUAAAUAAAAUCCUUCGAAGCUGGCAACCAAGCAUACUUCCAGAUGGAUCAAUAUUCUCUCGAGUUGAAGAAGAUUACCUUUGGAGGAUUAAACAGCUAGGAUCCCAUUCACCUGUUGCUCUUUUGAAUACUCUGUUCUACUUUAACACUAAAUAUUUUGGCCUGAAAACAGUGGAGCAGCAUUUAAGACUUUCUUUUGGCACUGUUUUUAGACAGUGGAAGAAAAAUCCUCUAACAAUGGAAAGCAAAGCUUGUCUUCGAUAUCAAGUGUCUUCCCUGUGCAGAGCUGAUAAUGAAGAUAAAAUUGCUACUGGAAAAAGGAAACAUGAAGAUGAUGUGCCAGUAUUUGAACAAAUUGAAAACACAUCUGAUCCAGCUAGAUGCCCUGUGAAAAUGUUUGAGUGCUAUCUGUCUAAAAGCCCACAGAAUCUGAACCAGAGGACAGACAUGUUCUAUCUGCAGCCAGAGUGCUCCGUGUCGGCAGAGAGCCCCAUCUGGUACACUGCCACUUCCCUGGACCGCAACACUUUGGAAAAUAUGCUCGUACGGGUUCUUUUAGUAAAAGAUAUUUAUGAUAAAGACAAUUAUGAACUGGAUGAAGACAUAGAUUAAAACAAACUUCCAAAAACUGUCAAGACAACAAACAGCAUUAGAUAUAGUCAUGCUGCUAGACCUUUACUAUGGAAAACAUUUCAAGUUUACCCUUUGUUUUAUGAGUUUUGUAGCAGUGUGUACCCUCACCCGGGUAUUACCAUGUAAAUAGUUUGUGAGUGAAAGUCUCCAUUAUUCUAAGUAGUGGUUUUAGGAUACAUAACAAACACAUUUCAGAUUCUUUUUUUUAUUAUUUAUUUGAUUAGGUAUGUUUGUAACUUUUUACAUUGCAAAAUAUGAAUGAGAAUGUGCCAUGUGUAAUUUUUUUUCCCCUCGUAGUAAGAUACAUCCAUGUUGCACAACUCUGCUGUUGGAAGCUCCCUUGGAGGAGGCUCUUUUAAUGGCUUCUUAAACCAGAUGGUUGUGUAUGGGUAGCACUACUAAAGUUUAGAACUUGCUGUGUCUUUCAGAAUUUUUAAAUGAAUUGUAAACUAAUAGGUUUUUUACUUUUUAGUUACUGAAGCCUUAUAAGGUUAUGUAGAGAGAUUCCAUCUUAUGUACCAAAAAUAGACAAAAGAGAAUGCUGUCAAUAUUGGUGUACUGUAAUGUGAAUCUAUUCUGGUGAAAACACUUUUUUCUUGCCCUUAUUAAAACCUUAGUGUCCUUUCGUUA